AUGGGCUCCUCCUCCAAAAAAGACCGCGCGGAAUCCGUCCUCAGCGCCCCCGCCCCCUCCAUCAAGAGCGAGAAGCGGGAGAAGAGAUCGUCUAAGAAGUCGUCUUCCUCCAGACUGGAGGAUGUAGCCGAGUCGGUUUAUGAAGGCGAACAACACAAGAAGCGUAAAAAGGAGAAGAAGGAGAAGAAGCGCAAGGCUGCUGCUGCGGAGGCGGAGGGCGAGGAUGUAACUGCUACCGAAGAGGUGACUGACAACCUUCUCACCGCGGAGGACGAGAGGCCCAAGAAGAAGAAAAACAAGAGGGAUGAUGAUGAUGAGGUGAAGAGGGUCAAGAAGAGGAAGGAGGAGGAGGAGGAGGAGGAGGAGGAGGGAGGGGUCGGAUGGGGGGGAGACGAUCAAGAGCAAGGAGUCGAGGCGGAAGAGGAGGGAGAGGGAGGAGGAGGAGGAGAAGGAGAGACGGAGGAGGGGAGGAGAAACCCCCCACCACUACCGAAACCGCCCCUGCAGCCGACAACUGGCGCGUUGAUGCCCUCUCUGGCGGAGAAUCGCGCCAGUCCAAGUUCAUGCGUCUGCUCGGCGGGGGCAAAAAGCCCACCACCACCACUCCCGGGUCUGCCCGUCCCCGUCUGGACAUCAACCACGUCUCGGCAGAACUCGAACAGCAGUUCAGCGCCGGCAUCCGCCAGAAAUUCGAGACUGGGGGGCAAAAACCGUUUGAAGUGCGUGCGAAGUGGGAGUGGGCUGUGA